GCUAAACAGCUUUGGGCUCAAACAAAACACAGCUGCCGCGAGGAGCGGUCGUCCGCCGCGUGCCAUGACGAGUGUUAUGUCACCUACAUAGUUACGUAGUUGAUAAACAGUGGACGUGUGGUCGUGCGCUAGUGCAGCGCGGGCGCACCAGCGCCAUGGCGGUAUUCGACAAGUGGGUCGCGCUCAAGAUACUGGAGUUCUUGUUCUGCGUGGCUUGUCUGGUCACGCGGCGCGUGUCGCAGGACGAUGAAGCACGGCUGGCGCUUCUACUACAGAAGUUGUCGCGGGAAUGGUCCCUGCUCACCUCUGUCACGUGGGACUCGGUCGGUGGCGCAUUUGCUGAUGCGGUUUAUGGAGGUUACAUGAUAAUUACCUUCGGAUUGAUUUUGGGCAGAGUAUUCCAAGAGAUUCCGAGAGGAAGAAGAAUACUUGAGGGUUUUUUUCUUGGGUUUGGCAUGCUGUUCUUUUUAGUACUAGGAGGUUUGGAAUUAGCGUCACUCGAUUCUGUACCGCACAAACUUAUAGUAAACGCAGCCGUGCUUGGAAGCCUGUCUCUAGCUGUGGCUGCGCUAUUUUUAAUCGAUUUAAUGGGACCAAGGAUCUACUAUGCAACUAGGCCAGCACAAACAGAUCCAUUGGUUAGUAUUGUCUCUUCUCCCAAAUCUGAAAAGAAGGUUUCGAUCGUCGCGUCACCUCCAGUUAACGGACUGUUACCAGGCGAUAAACAGAACGGUCAUGUCCCACCAGAAAGACCGAAAAAUUUAGACUUGGAAAAGAACAAGCCAGACACUGAUUUUGAGAAGAAUAAGGCAGAGACGGACUUGUUCGAAGAACCCAAAUUGAGUUACACGAAAUUUGACGAUGUUGAAAAAGAUGUUUUAGAGAAAUCAAAGUUUGGGUCCGUGAGGAAUGGUGUUGAAGGAGGCAAUUAUGUGAGGCUAUCGGAUCCUUUGUCGGAACCAGAUCGAUUACAUUACGAACGAGAACUAGCAAAAUUUAAUGAGAGGUAUUUCAGGGACUACUUGGAUAAUUUUGCUGGAAAACUCUCUGUUAAAGAAAAUUAUUUGCCAGAACUGCAAACACCAGUUUUCGCUAAAGUGAAACCUGGCCGUUUGAGAAGUUUAAAUGAAGAAAUAUCACCCUCAUACGAACAAAAGGAUAGAUCGAAAUCUCCUUCUAAAGCGAAACAAGUCAGUACCCCGACAUUACAGCAGUUAGAAGACUAUUUGAGGGGCUUCGGGCGUUCGAAGCGAGCUGAUACUCCAGCUUUAUUCCCCAUGGAACCAAUUGAAGAAAAAGAACCGACAGAUACGGAAGGUAGGGCUUCGGGCACACCUACAGAUCCUGGAUUCGUACAAUACACGGCUAAUAGAUGGCCAGAUAAAAGGGAUUUACGAACUCCGAGACACAGCCCGUCAUAAUAAAGACAACUUUAUCUUGGUAAUGACUGAUGAAUUUUGGAUCCACCUAGUGUGCAUGUGUUAAAUUGGUGUGCCAUGGUAACGUAUAUUUUUAUCGGAAAAACUAUGAAAUAAAAAACUGUGUAUGAUUAAUUGACUAUUUAUAAUUGUAUGGUUUAAUUUAUAUGAACGAUUAUUUGUGCUUCCGAUGAAAAUCUGACCUUUUUGCCGCCAUAGCAAUGUGUGUGUUUGAGAGAUUUACGUCAAGAUUUAAUAUAGUUUUUAAAUACACUAACGUAAAACAAA